UCUCGCGAUCUCAGUCUCACGCACAGAACUUCUCUUACUCUCGCGAUCUUAGUCUCUCGCACGAAACUUCUCUGUUUUUCGGUAUUUGCCCUAGAUGCCUCUUUAGCGACGACGACCUCAAACCGCAAUCGCCAACUGCAAAUCGACGGUUUCGCGGCCACGACCUCUCUCAUUCUCGCGUUUAUAUGAGUUUCUUCAGUCACAUAUCUUCGGAAAAUCCCGCAAACUCGCCUCCGCCGGUUCCUCCUUCUCAGGUCAAGUUACUCAAGUAUUUUAUGUUCAAGAUACAAAGUUAAGAGGUGAUUGGCAUGUUGUACAGAAAGUGCAGCAUAGGCAUUUAUUUGAUCCCAGUCUCAUGAAUUACUUGAAUGAAUAUCAACUUAACACUGAUCAGCCAACUGAAAAUAUAACAUAUCAAGAAGAUGAGCAAAAUGAUAUAAACUUCCAAGAUGAUUUUGGUGAGAUUGGUGCCUUACAUAGAGAAGAUGUAGAGCCACAAAUUUUGGAAUCUAUACAAAAUGUGCAUGUGCAACCAACUCAGACUGUUGAUUUUAUAUGUGAUGAAGAUGAAGAAGAGGAAUAUGAUGCAACAUUAGCUAAAUAUUUUAGUGAAGAUGAUGUUGAUGUACAUAUCAACAUUGAUAGUGAUAAAGACUAGUUUAUUAAGUUAUGGCUCCAGGAAAAUGGAUAAGCUCUCGAAUAAUUGCAAAUUACUCACAUUUGUUUGCACCAUCAACUAGUAAUAAUGUGCAGUCUUCAUUAAAAAAUGAUGCUUCACAUGUCGUAUCUACUGCUAAUAAUGGAGGUUUGCCUAUGGGAGAAGCAUCUCCAAUAGUUGAUAGGCCAAGUUUACCAAAUCCGUCAGCACCAGAGAUUGAGACAACUAUCAUUGCUUCAAGUUCUAAUAAAAAAAGGGGUCCAAAUAGAGGUGUAGCAUUAGAAGAGCAUUACAGAACAAAAGGUAAGGUAUCAAUAAUCAUUCCAGAGGGCUUGAAUAGGCCAGUUGGAGAGCAUCACUCAAAGUUGUCUAGAGAAGCGGGUAUUAUAAUUAGAAACUUUGCACCCAUGCAAGUCGAAAGAUGGGAACAAGUGAGUGAUGCUGAUAAAGAAUUACUUUUAAAAAAAUUGUUGGUAAAGAUUAAUUUGUCCAUUGAAGAAUCACAUGUAAAGGAUUGUGUGAUGCACACGAUGAGCAAGAGAUUUUCUGAUUUUCCCUCGAAGGCUUAUGUACAUUAUAAAAAACAUGGAGGUGGAAUGUUAGCAAGACAAAAGCCUUACAAAGAACUUAUUGAGAGACCAGCUGAUUGGAUUUGGCUAUGUAAUUUUUUUGACUCAGAAGCAUUUAAGAAAAAAUCGGAAUCAAACUGUCGAAAUCGUUCGAUGUUGAAGGUCAUUCACCGAAUGGGCACGAAGUCCCUCGUAGCUCAUUUAUAUGACCAGAAAUUAAGCAGGAUUGAGUUAUACAAGGAGGAAUUUACAGACAAAGAAAAUAAAUGGGUUUCUGAAUAUUGUCAGGCAAAAUAUGAAAAGAUGAUGGAAAUUCGUGAGAAAAUCAUUGAAGAUGGAGGAAUAGUUGAUGAGACAAUCAUUUGUGCUGAAGUUUUAGGUGAAACAUCGUCAUAUAUUCGUGGCCUUGGUUAUGGGCCAAAGCCUAUAAAGAAAACUAAAAUUGCCAAAUCAAAUGCAUCGUCCGUGAGAGAGACCGAGCUUGAAACAAGUUUAAAAGUUAUACAAGAGAAAUAUGAGGAUCAAAGUAAGAUCAUUAAAUCUCAACAAAAAACUAUAGAUUGGUUAAAAAUGAUGGCAGAAAAAAUGGGCAUGCAACCCCCUAAUGAUGAUGGUCCAGACUUCUCAAAUGAAGAAAAUGAUGAUUAGAGAUCUGAUUUAUUUCUGUUUUUUGAAAUUAUAAUAUUAAUAAGUCUCUUUCAAUUUAGCUCUUGAACUAUCUUAUUUUAUUGCAUCAAUUUUCUUCUUUUAACACAUGGUUGUUUUCUGUAUUUGUAAUAUAUUCUCGUAGUAGCAAUUUGAACGUUGUUAGUAACAUAAAUUUGACAUGGAAACUUCUUGUUUUAAUUUAAUCUAAGGUUAAAAACUUCUCAUUCUUGCUGAAAUCCAAGUUUUUUGAAUUUAAACUUGUUCUACGAGUCUUUGACUUGUGGGAUUAAGAGAAAUUAUUUAUUUUUGAAUUUUUGGGUUAUAAAUAUGACUUAAUUUGAUAUAGGUGUGUAGUUCACUUAUAAAUAUGACUUAAUUUAAUCUAAGGUUAAAAACUUCUCAUUCUUGAGAAAUUGCAUAAAUUAUUUAUUAAGAGAAAUUGUUUCUUAUUUUUCAUAUCUUCUUUACGUAUUUCUUAUUUUCUACAAUCUGUUGUAAUUUUUAUUUCUACUUUCAGGUAUAGGUGUGUAGUUCACUUAAUAAGCUUCACCUUUAUCAGCAUAUUUAUCUCCACAAACUUUGUUUCAACUACUUGGCAUUCUGCAUAGCUUAUAUGAGUAACCUUUCCAUUCUUUCAUAGUAGGUGCAGGAUCUAGCAUUGCUAAAAUUUAACUGGCUCGCUUAAUUCUACAAUUUCACUUCCAAGAAUUAAUCAAAUAGCCGUCGUAGUUUGCAAUAAUUUUAAUUUGAUAUCAGUAUAACUUUGAAAAAGUAAUAGCAUCUUAGUCAGCUAAAAUGUUAUCCUGUAACUACUAAAUUGAGUGUUUUGCCAAGAUGCAAUAUCGUCUUGUGUUUAUUCAGAUUUGUUCUCAUAUAUGAUGGAUAUACAAGCAAAAAGAAGAAAAGGAUGUAAAAAGAAAAUAUAAUUUACGAAUGGAAGAAGAGUAAGUAUUCUCAUGCUCCUAAUCGAUUAUGGUUCAAAAUCUCACUCACACUUUUGAUACUGUAAGUAUAAUUACAUAAGUAUGUACUUAAUUGAAUUUUUUUUUAGUAUUGGAUAUGCUUCAAAAACAUCACAGAAGGGCUAUGAUCUCUCUUAGUGAUACUUAUUAGUCUUUGAGGACACGAACUUCCUUGAAAAUUCCAUAACAGUACUGAGAAAUGUGGAAUUGAAAAGAGCAAAAAAAAAGGAUUUUGGACUAUAGGCGCGUACAUAUGUGCUGUGGUACUUUUUCUUCCCAAUAAUCCCAUGGGAUAAUAAAGGGGAAAAUUAGUUGCUUUCCUGAAGUUACAUUCUUCUACAUACCAAUUAUAUGCAUUGAUGAGCACUACCUAAAAUACAAUGAAGGCUACUGGUUGACUUUUUUUUUUUUCUUUGAACAAUCUGACAAAAAAUUCUUAAGUUCUGGAUUAUUCUUAUUUAUGAUGGGAUGGUAUGAUAUAUAGUAGCUAUAUAAUGCAUAUUCAGUAGUCAACUUCAUUGUUUGAGAACUUCAGAUCGGUGGAGUUCGGUUGUUAAUAAAACCAAGAAAUAUGCCCAACAGCGCCUUAACAAUUUAUGGAUUUGACUUUCUGCAGUAGAACUAUUUAACUAUGCAACAUUACCCAUAAAGAUCAAACGUGCAUUUUUUUUUCUCGUAACUAAAGAACUGAUAUUAUAUUUUUUCUUUAGCAAGCCUUUGCUUUUACUAUUUUUUUUUACUCCCUUUGUUAUAUAGAGAUGGCAAGGAGUUGUCAACUCGUGACAUGCAAAAGUUGGUUCAAGCUCUACCACAAGACACAGAACAAAUGGAAAAACUUUCACUUCAUUUAGAGCUAGCAAAGCUUACAACUGAAGAUAUGAAAGUUGUGUCCAAUAUGAAGUAUUUGGGUGGCCUAGACACCAAAAAGGCUUCAAGGGGAGUUUUUUCUCUCAAAUUUGAUGCUCAAAAGAAGAAGCAUGCAGCUAGGAAAGAGCGGGAGGAUGAGGAUGAUGCAUGGCAAUUGUCAUGAUUCUACCCCAUGAUAGAGGGAGGCGAUCAAUCAGUAGAACAUCUAUCGAAAUUUUAUGAUGUUUGCUUUGAGGAAGACAUGAUGCCAAGGGUUGCCUACUUGUACUCCAAGUUGAAGUUCUUUGCAUCUGAAAUGUGUAUUGAUAGAUAUGGAGGUAGAUCCCACACUGCAGCAGUACAAGAUAUUGGUUGGUGUUAGAAUGAUUACAGAUUGAUGUUAUUUACUUUUCAUAGAGUUGAUUUUGUAAUUUUAUAUUUAUUUACAUAAAAGUUAAUGAAAUAUUUUUAUGGUAAUUAACUAGAUGUGAUCAUUUUGUAAACAUUAAGAUUUUAUGAUUAAUGAUUUAUGAGAUCACAUUUUUUAUGUUAAUUAAUGAAUGUAUUUGUAAAAGUAUAUGAAUGAAUAUAAUUUUCAUUUUCUCCUA